AGGGUAUAUCUUAACCUUAACAUAUACAUACAUAUGACAUCGCCAGACAUAUGUUAUCAUAAUAUGACACUUCGAGGCAUAUUUUCUCCUACUAAUGUACUUUUUUAAUACAUAUUUCAUCAUUCGAUACAAAUCAUUAAUUCUCUGACAAUGAAUGGUACAUAUUUCACGCGGGUAACUUAUCUCGGCACUAUAAAACCGGGGAAAAUUACAGGAAGUCUGCUAUACUCCUACAUUGUGUCCAAAGAUCCAAUCAUGAAAGGAUGAAAGAAAAAAAAUAAUCCGAUUUAACCAGAAGUGUUAAAAGACAAAUUUUGACAGCAUGGAUCCAUGACCUGUUGAAGUUCUACUCUACAAUAUAUCGCGGUCCUGUGCGACCAUUACCAGUAAGUAUAAUUAUUGUCACUCUCUUUUCCUUUAUUUUCAAUGUUUGAUCUACCAAGCGAAGCCGCCAGUAGCAUGAGUUUUCUGAUCCCAACCCGAUACGAUUUACAUGGAGUUCAUAUUUGAUCCUCGUGCAGACUAUAUAUAUGUUUGAUAUGGACUCGCCUGGACAGUGUGUUUUCUCACUUAAGUAUAUUGUGAUGACCUAACAAAUAUGUAUAUCAUUCCGUGUGGCCGGCCUACUAUGUACAGUGUGCUAGUCGACCACGUUUACCCUGGUGUGCAUCGCCUUGCUCCAUAGUGACCAUACCUCCUUUGUACAGCACUGGCAAAGCUCUGUGCAGGAAUACUGGUCAUGAUGUAAACUAGCGUAAUGUUGCGCACACCUAUCACCCCCUUGGUUGAAAUAGACUGUGCCGGUCGACGGGGUCAUUUGCCUGUAACCCAUAUUACGGGCCACCACGCUUCAGUUGACCGCAGUAUUUCCCGGCGUACUGACGACAUCCUACCGGUUACUUUUUAGCUAAAUAUGACUAUCAUUUAAAAACUAACAGACCAAUUGACAAAUAUAUACUUACUUUCAUAAACGUGAAGUCGUUGGUCAUAGUAGAGUCAGUGACUUAAAACAAGCCAGUCCGCGGAUGUACACACUGGACUGAAAAAUGUUGGCCUAUGAGCAGCACAUGUUUCCUCUAUGUGUUAAAGCGUAGGUUCACUUACUGAUUGUGUUGUUGAUCACAACAGGAAAGAUAUAAACCUAUGGAUGAGGUGACCACAGCAUAUGGGUUAUCAUUAAUAAACACUUUUUGUUUCUAAACGUUGGAUGGUACGAGUAGCUACAAACCUACCUGUACCGUGUGUGUAGCGGCUGACUGGUCAAUCGAGUUGUUUAUUUACGUGUGAGCGGUCAGUGGCUCGGGCGACCUCAAGUGACCCUGGUGGCCAGACGCAUCGUGUCCUCAUGAGGUGAAGGGUGUGCAUUAGGAAGACAGAAGAAACAGGGAUAAGUAAAAUUUAGGAAGGUGCUGGUCGAGUUUUCCCAUGAUUCAGCUUACACAGUCCGCCAUCUUUGUUGAUAGUCUUUGUCCAGAUGUAAUACUUGGGUGGAAAUCACCGUUUUAAUGAUCAGACCAACGCUAUGUCGCGAAGAAAACAGGGAAGACCGCAACAGAGGAAAGCACUGGACUCACUGGAACAAGAGAAUGACCUGCUGCUCUGUGGUGAGUGUCAGACGAGCUUUCCUCUACAGGAUAUCCUCAAAUUCAUACGCCACAAGGUCAACAAGUGCAGUAAGAAAAUUGUUGAUGUGUUGGAUUCACCAGAGUAUGAGGACGGUCCCCACUCUGACUCGGAACACUGCGGGAGUAUCACCUCCAAAAGGACUAGCAUCUCCGCCCCCAUCUCUCUCAAAGAGGCCAUCGAAAACAACAAAUCGCCACGCUCCUCCCUCGACUCGCUCGGCUCUCUGAAGGAUGUGAGAAUCAAAGAGGAGAAUGGUCACAGCCCCAUGGAAGAGGACAAGCUCUUCGAACAGAAGUUAUCCCGGUCACCUCUCAAGCCCCGCAAGGUGGUGGAUGCUGAAUCUAACACGACCAAUACAGAACCCUCCAAGUUUGUGUGCGAUUCGUGCAGGUCGACCUUUGGCUCGGCCUGGUCACUUCUACAACAUGCUCAGAAGGAACACGGCAUGCGCAUCUACACGACUUCUCUGGACAAGCAGCAGAAAUACCCCGAGCAACCGCAUAAAAAAGAACGUGACGAACGAAAUCAGCGUGACCAUAUACAGCAUGAUCACAGCCGGGAGCAUCGCGAUCACCGUGAGCACCGACAUCAUGACAAGCAUAAUUCGAGUCCUAGUAACCACAGGAGUCAGCAGACAUCCCAUCUUCCCCAGCAACAGCAAGCACCUCAGCAUCAACCAAAACAACGAGACGAGCAACGUGACACCCCUCUCUUGUGUCAGUCCCACGACCCACAUCGAACACCUCCCUCAGCUAGCUCCGUAGGAAGCGCGGACAGUGGCAGCCAUCUGCUUCAAGAUGGCGGCCAUCAUCUACUGCCACCUCAUCCGUCGCCACAUUCUUCUCCCUUUUUGUUCAAAUUUCCAUUUGAUCGACCACCACCAUUGUCACCAGGGUUGCCGUUCUGUCGGCCCCCUAAUCUCGGGUUGGAUUUCCCCAUCGAUCCCUCUUUACAGAGGUCAUUUGUAGGCUUCCCACCUAUGUUUGAUGGUGGUCCAUCACCACCAUUUCCGAAUCUGUUUGAACGGCCAAGGCAAUCACCUGUAGGAAUUGAUAAUCAACUAGAAUCAUAUUACUCACAACGGCUUAGGCAGCUAGCAUCAUCAACUUCAGGAUCGCCAUCGCCAGUAAGGAAGCAGACACCUCCUUUUUCCCAGCCAGGUCCGUCACCGACCACCUUUCCCCCCGUGACUCCUCCGAGCUCCCUAUCCUCUGAUAUGGAGAAGCCACAGCACGGAUCUGGCAGUAUCACCCCUCCAGCGAAGCUCAAGUCCUGUGAAUUCUGUGGUAAAUCAUUUCGCUUUCAGAGCAAUUUGAUUGUUCACAGAAGGUCUCAUACUGGCGAAAAGCCGUUCAAAUGCCCUCUUUGUCCACAUGCCUGUACACAACAGAGCAAGCUCAAACGACACAUGAAAACGCAUAUGAACAAAUCUCCAUUGUCAAUGUCGAAUGCAUCAAACAUGUCCAAUGAUGGAAGUUUAGCCUCAGGCAGCAGCACCCCAGAUUCAAGUAAGCGUUUUAUGGAUGAUGAAGAUGAUGAGGAAGAGGAGGAGGAAGAAGAGAAUGAAGAAGAGAUGGAAGAGGAAGAAGAAAUAGGUCUUGGAAUGGAGGAGGAAGCCUAUAAAAAUGGCUUCAAGGACAACUUCAAAGAUGGCUUCAAGGAUGGAUUCAAUCCGCCAAAAAAGUUAGAGAUCAAUUCCUCUCCCAAGUCCAGUGAGCUAGCAGCAAGGUUAUUAGAACCAGCAUGCAGUCCAGGCCACCAGGAGCAUCCGAAGGAACCAGAGCGUGCUAGUCCUUACACAGACAAAACCAGUCUCCUGUCAGAGGUCAUGAAGAAUACAGGUUUGACAAAUUUCCCAGCAUACAACGAAGCUUUCAAGCAAGCCAUGGCAGAGCGGGUUACUUCUCCUGUUGGGGGACAAGAGGAACAGACAUCGGAGAACUGCAGCAACAACAGCAGCAAUAGCAGCCAAGAUGACAUGAAGGAGGACAGUCUCAAAAAGUCGUCUUCUGAUUCAGAUUCUGAGGCGCCAUGCUGCAAGAGGAUCAAGAACGAGCCUAUAGACCCCAGCUCUUUCCCUACAAAUAACAUGGAGAACCAUCAUAUCUACUCCCUGUGGGGCUCCAUGGGGUUCCCAGCCCCACCCCCUCAAGAUUUCUAUCAUCUUUCUCUUCCAGGGAUGCAGUUUGACUGUGCAGGUCCAAACCAUAAUGGCUACAGUCCUUCAACCCCGGAGAGUGCCAUGAAAUCUUUCAAUGCACAGACCCCACCGAAAGCAGGGCCCAGUACUCCCGUUUCAGGGGAUGCUGCUCAUAUGAGGAAGGAUCGGACCAGAAAUGAUACCUGUGAGUUUUGUGGCAAGAUCUUCAAGAACUGCAGCAAUCUCACGGUUCAUCGCAGGUCUCACACCGGUGAGAAGCCAUAUAAAUGUAUUCUCUGUAACUAUGCUUGUGCUCAAUCUAGCAAGCUAACAAGGCAUAUGAAAACACACGGGCGUAUAGGGAAGGAUGUCUACAAAUGUAAGUUCUGCUUGAUGCCGUUUUCUGUUCCUAGUACACUGGAGAAACACAUGAGGAAAUGUGUGGAGAACAGAACACCCGGGCUCAUACGGGAAACCGACUCGGAUUCUACAUCAAGUAACGCUACCACUCCGACCCUGAACUGUCAACCGGGCAUUCUACAGGAGUCCAGUAUGGACAGAAGCAGUGCUAAUGUUCCCCUGAACUGUGCUCCUGGAAUUCUACAGGACACCAGUCUAGACAAAAAUAGCUCUAGCACACCCAAUCUUUGACUGAAAAUCUAUUGCUCAAUGGCAAAUUCUGUCAGUGACUUUUUUUAAAUAUGUCAUUAUAUGGACUGACUUUUUAAGAUUCUGUUGUAUGGCAUAUUGUAUAUUGUAACUAUAGAAUCAAUUUGUGGGUCUUUGAAUGAUUUGUUGAAACAUAAGCACGGUGUAACUCGUGCACCUUGAGGUUUUUUCCCCUGUUUUUUAAUGGCACAAAUACUCACUAGUAGCGAGAUUUGCUUAGUUUUAUUCAUCCUAUUGUUCUUGUUCAUUGAUAAGUGUGAAGGCGCUUACGUUGGACGUACGCUACUUUUAAUGACAGUGUUUUUACACUACCGGUGGAUCUGUUUAUGAAUAUGUAUUUUGAAUAUUGACUUUUAAUCAUUUCUCAAAGCACAUGUAAAUGGUCAAACCGUUUAUCAUGUUUUCAUCCUUGUUAGCCAAUGCUGACCAUUAUCAGUGUGUUAUAUACACACCACCUGUAAACUUAUUUUGCACAUAGUUGAUUUUAGAUUGUCAUUUGAAACCUGUUGGACACUCAGUUUUUGAAGAAGAAGAAAAAUCUUUUUUUUUUCUUUUUGUUGUUAAAUGUGGAGUGUAAAUACCGCACACUUUUGCCGGCAAAAUUUCUUUGUUUAUGAUACAGUACCUGUUUUGGACAAUAUCAAUUUGAUAUACACAUUUGUUUACAAUUGAAUAAUAAUUUUUUUAAAGCUGGAUUUUUUUAAAGUAAAUUUUGAUUUUAUGAUCUGCACUAAAAUCAGAAGUUUUAUAUCCGAUGGUUAUUUAUUUGCCUAAGCUCCAUUAGCUUACAUGUGUGCUAGGCCAGAACAGGAAUAGCUGGUGGCUUUUUUUAUGAAAUCUGGCCCUGAGGUUUUUUAUAUAACUUUCCCGAAGCUUAACCUUAAAUUUUUUCAACAAAAUUCAUAUUUGCCAUCAAAUACAUUUUGAAUGUAUGCUCCUUAUUACAAAGAUUUCCUUUCUAGACAACGGUCUAAAAUACAAAAUAAAGCCGUGGGAUAUUGUUCAGUGAGUCUCCCAAAGAACUGGUAGUGUUCAGGGUUUAUAGACUUUUUCUUGAAUGUCAUACACAAGAGAAUAAAGAAAACAGCCAGUAGACUUUCGUAAAUGAUUUUUUUUAGAUCUGAUGUAUGAACUCAGUUCUAGUUUUUGUUGAGGACUCGGGGCCAGAGAUGUUUGUACAAUACUUUGGUAAUUACAAGUUAACUGUAGUUAGUAUUGAAUUGUUAACCUUUUCCUAGAUUCUGUAUCCACAGGGUGUUUCGUUACCGCAUCAGGGAUGGACAUUUGUUACAUUUUUCUUAAAGAAUUGAUUGUUGUUAUCUAACUAUAGAUAAUAUGAUGCAAAGAGUUUAAUAUCAGGUAUUUAUUAGUUUUUCCCAACAAAUCAUCUUUCUUGUACAAAAUGAUUAUUGUUAUCACAUUUACAAGUACGACUCUUUAAAUUUUUAUCAUUAUCAUUAUAUUAUUGACGCUUUCCGUAUCAUUUUGUUUUAGAAUAUGCUACUACCUUCAAAUCUGCUUUUAAUUCAAUAUUGCAAUGAAUGUUUUUUCAGUGUUGCCAUAAUUAGUUCCGUUCAGAAUUUAACGCAUUCAUCUCUACGCAGUAAUGUUUUAUUUCGUUUCUACCUGUGUUUCUGCCAUUUUUGAAAAUGGCAAAAAAUAUACUUCAUCCAGGUAAUCAAAUUCUUUUAAAUAUGUAAUUGUGAAGAAUAUGAUGUUAUGUAGUUUGGUGCAUGUUGAUUGUAAGUGCAUGAGUACUGUCUAAUAUCAUUGCAAUGUUUCAUACAUUGGUGUAAAUUUUUAUUAUCAAUUUUUCCCUCUGAGUAGAUAAUAGGAUAUAUAAUACAGUGAGUGGUGAGCGCCCUGAACGGCGGCGACUGUCCCACGAAGUUUUCAUUCUAUUUCAUUACAGGUGCUUGUCUAUUCUCAUGCAUGUGUCUCCGUAUCUAUAUCUGUAAAUGGUUUAUUUUUCUUGUAUAGAAGCACAACGGACAUGGCUUUAAAAGCAUAUAUUUUGAGAUUACGAAGUUUGUUAGCUUCAUAGAAGCAAAUUUAAAUGGCAAUGAAAAUUGAGUUUCCAAGAUUUCAGUUUGACAAUUGUGAAUAAUUUGUGAAGAAUUUCAAAGAAAUUAAUUAUUAAUUCUUUAUUUCAAAUUUCAGUUGGAAGUCAAAUUGACUAUAAAUUUGGAAGCUUGACAUUAAUACAAUACACACAGAAAGUCAGUGUCAUAAUACUAUCGUUUUUGUUUAGUCCAGGAACUAUAUGUUCUGGCCUUUGUCCUUGUAUGUAUUAAGGGUUGUUUAUUUGUGUAUCUGUGUGCUACUGUUGUGUCGACAGUAUGGAAGGGUCUGUUUCUUGAACCUUAUUAAGAUAGUAGUACUAGUAGGUGUAGUUUACAUAAAAUGUAUAGGGAGAUGUCUGGUAGUGGUGCCAUAUUGUUACAAUAGUGAAUAAUGCUAUCCUUUAUGCCAAGGGCUUUCAAAAAUCCGGAGGCAGAACUACAUCAGCUCAAUUGUGAUUUCACAUGUUGGAGAUAGAAAUACAACUGUUAAGGAGUUAUUAUAAUUCUAGCUUUUUCUCCCUUCAAGAGAGAAGAGGCAUAUUACUACCAUGUUUUUGAGUUCAUUUUUUUUGUAAAAUAAUUAGAAAUGGAAGUGUUUAAAACUAUAUUAAAGAAUAAUAUGCACGAAGACUUUUGAAGCAUGCUCAGAGGGUCUAUUCGUUAUGAUGAAGAUGUGUUAAAAUUACACCAGAGGCAGCAACAGCAGCAGCAAGCAGCAAGAUGCAGCGUCCUAGGGAAAAAGUGCGCAUUCUGCAGGCGCUUCUUUUCUAUCAGUGCCUAUUCAAGAUUUUUGCCAAGCAGAAUUCUUAUUUAUUGAUAAACCCUCCAUUUGUACAACUAAUAAACACAAGUUUUAAAAGAUUUGGCAUCAAGUUUCCUGUUAGAAUGCAGAGAUUAUGAUGGACAGCUACCGCGGAAAGUGUCUGACAAGCGUGCUACACUUGGAGAGUACUAUAUAAUGGUAGGACUCCAAGGACAGCUGAUGCUGGAGACUGACUCCUCAGUACUACGGAUCUACAAACUGGACGUCGUCGUGGUCGCUUGACCACUGGUCAAGCGGUAUGGUGGUUGUUCCACAGUGAAUGUUUUAGCAUGUAUCAUCAAGUACGAAUCGUGGGAUAGGGAGAAGAUCCUUUGCAACUUUGUAACACUGUUUCCCGGCAGUCUAAAUCCAUGGGCAUCAAGAUAUGUUAAGGAGUAGUGUGCAAUAAAAUGUAUAUAUUGUGCACUAGAAUUAUUGGCAAAGCUCUAAGCUGGGACGCUAAAAGCCUGCUUCAAGUUCACUUAAAGUUUAAUCCACUUAGAUGAAAUUCGUGUUUAGACAGUGGAAUGUACAAGGCAGGAAUUAUUAGCAAGAAUUUUAACUUUUUUUUCUUCUUCGUCUUCUUCUUUGUAACAUAAUUAAUUAUUAUAUUGGUGAUUUCUAUGCUCUUUACCCAUACCCUCGAGUGUAAGUAUAGCGUUAGUCUACUACCGCCAAGCCUCUUUGUGGUUCGUGAUUUAGGUGCCCAAUGUAUGUCUAUUGUUAUAAAUGGAAGUUGCACAUUUUUUCUGCAAACAAUUUUUUUUAUUUUGUAACAUAGGGGACACUUGUAGAUAAAACUUAGGAUGGUUUUCAUAUAAUUAUUGUUAUCAAUCACACGAAGAGAGAACUGGGGAUUUAGAGGCACUUCUCUUAACACAUUGUAAAGAAGUGGAUCAGCCAACUCCUACUUUCCUCCUCAUUUUUCAGUGUUAGGGGGGCCAACUCUAUAAUUAGGUAGAUAGACUGGCACCAACAGAGAAAUGAUGGGGAAAGCUCACGGUGGAUUCUGGAUUUCACUUUCCAAUAAGUUCAUUCCAUCUCAUGUCACAUCUCAGCUUUCCCUUAAUACAUCAGGCGAGAACUGCUUUUGUGAAAUUCAUUUUAACAGUAAGAACUUAUUUUGUUUAUCUUUAACGGUCAUAUAGGACAUAUUUGAAAAUAUUUUAUAAUUAUGUUUUAGUUAUUUUGUGUAACAGAUGCUGUAAUGAAGUUGCUGUCAUUGAUCUUGACUUGUUGAAGUUAAAUCAAGGAGGUCAUUGGCGACAUUUUGUUACUCAAGUCUGCACUUCCAUAGGAGGUGUCAAUGUUGAGGAGGGUCACUGUUUCGGUUGAUAGCCAGAAGAUCCCUCAAACCUUAUCAUCAAAAUGUUAUGUGAAAGUUGCCAAGUAAUUCAUUGAGUGUGAAAGGGAUACCCCAUUGACAAUCUUCAGAUCGUAUCAAUCUUGUUAUCUGUUACAUUUUUUUAAAAAAAAUCAGCAUAUGGCAACCUUUAUACUUAGCUUUUAAAUAUUUCAUGGGUGGAUGGUGGAGGAUUUUCACCAGUAUUGUAAAUGAUAACUAUAAAGUGGUUUAAACAGCAGCGGGACAAACCCAAUAUCAUUUCUUUUUAAAAUAAUACUUAUUUUUUUAAAAGAAAGUAGAUGGAAUUCACAAAAGCAGAUUUUCAGUAUUUUAAUAUGAAAAUCCAUGUAAAUGUUUGGGAUGAACUAGUUUCCCCUUGUAUGUGUGGUCCUAGGGUGUAAAUUAGAUGGUUUGUGUAUGAUAUUACUGUUCUAGAUAUCUACGUUUGGGUUAUGUUUAACUGGUCUUUCAGCCGCCUGUGUAUCUUGGCAAGCUUCGCCACUGAGUGCCAUAUUGGAGUCAGAAUUACACUGGAGUUCACAAAACUACAAUUUUAUGAAGAUUUUUUUUUAUAUUAACAAAAUCUUGUUGAAAUGGAGACGUAAUACUACUGUUUGUACACCAGACUUUUUUUAUAAUUAUAAAUUUGGUGCAUCAUAUUAUUAUAAAAGUAAUUAUUGGGUGGAACAAUAUCUAAUACAUUUUAAUUAUCAUGAAAAGUGCUAGCUUGUUUUAAUACUGGCCAGGGUCGAGUCCUCAUUUAUUAUGAUUAUGUUGUUAUUUUCAUUCCUCUGUUCAUUUUGUCAUUUUUUGAACGUAUAUGAUGACUGGUUUCAGUUAUGCUAUACCUUAAACAAUUUGUGAAGACGGCAGUGUGUGUCUUGAGAUUAUCUACUGAUAGCAGCCAUUCAGAUAAGUCAUGUUCUCAUAAAUCCAUAGGCCCUGCGCGCGUUUAAUCCGGAAAUUUCUGUUGAAUUAAACAGAUAAAUUAUAAGGAUAAAAGCGAGGAUAUAUGUAUUCUACUCUACUAUAAACCAUCAGAACUAAGGGUGUCUGUCACUGGACACAGACGGGAACUUUGCCAUCCCCACAUUUGUGCCAUAUGUUUACGUUUUAAACAAGCAAUAUUAUUUACGUGUCCUGUGCCAUGUAUAAAUGUGCCAUAUAUGACAUUCAUGUCAUUGUCACAUCGCCAUAUAGUUAUAGUAUUGAUUUUAAGAUAAUGUUUGUUUUUUUCAUGUAUGUUCGACCCUUUUUAAGGAUGAGAAAAUAUAAUAUACACGAUUAGGUCUGGCUGAAGGCCCGACCACUAAUAAUGCACCCACCCGUUUGAGCUGAUUCUAUGUAUUGCUGUGCAAGAGUUCACGCAUAGCUGUUGCUAACUGUAAACAAUGACCCUUAAAGACACACUCUGUCGUCAUCGUUAACUGUAAACAAUGACCUGUAAAGACACACUCUGUCGUCGUCGUUAACACAGUUCUAUAGUAGCGUUUAACCCGGUGAAAAGUGCUAUUUUUUCAUGAUAUUUUGUCUUCAAAGUGCUAGUUUAGGUAUCAUUAAAAACAAAACAAAUCCAUCAUUUUAGUUGAAAUCUGUCUGUUUUAAGUGACCCUGGUCAGUACACAGUGCCAUAGUGACGUGGUGGAGGGUUACCUCUCGCCCUCACAAAUCACGGAAGACAAGUUUUAUUAUUUAUUUUAUCUCAUGUUUUUUGGAAAACGUGUUCGAUUUUUGAUUUUUUUUUUUGUCUCAUUUAGUAGCGACAAAUUUCAUCGCUGUGAUUUUACUACUAGAUUUUACAUUAAAUAAAAUAACAGUGGAAAUAAUGUUUAUGAAACUGCCGUGGUUAGAGGUUUCGAAUCGAACAAUAUAUCGGUUUUGAUUUAUAUAUGCUACCUAGUUAUAGAAGAAAAAUCGUUUUCCCUUUCUCUUUAUGAUUUUGUCCUGCAUUAUUGAGAAAUCAACUGUACGCAUUUUUAUUUCCUCUGUUCCUUUGAGAAUUGUCUGUGCCUUUUGUGUCCUGGGUUCCUUAUUCUGUCCCCGUUACUAUGGAGAUAAUGUACAGGUUCCGUUAUUCUGUCCCCGUUACUAUGGAGAUAAUGUACAUUUAAUGUACCUGAAAUUUAGUUGAAAUAACGCUUGGUGUAUUUAUGACGUGGAUGUCUGUAUGACAGUACAAAGUACAUGUAAAGUUUAAUAAACAUUUCUUUAAAGUUUC